UGUGCCGUGAUGACCGAGCGGAGCGUUUCUUCUUCUGUUUCUGGUGUCGUCGUCAGGAUACAGCGGCUCAGGGGCGCAUCCUCGGCCACACAGGGCUGACACCAAAUCUGAGGCUAAAUCUCAGAUCGUAGCUGGAGUCGAUUUUAUUCGACUGAUUGGUCGAUCGACCCGUUCGUCGUUUCUGCUGCAGAAAAAUGGAUCUGCUGCCGGACCUAUGGAGGCAGGACUACUGGCUUCCUCCAGGUGUGACCUGGACAGACAUGGAGCAGCUGGCGGACUCUGACCGACCACGACCCCAGGACCUGCUCAUAGCUCUGCCGCUCGCUCUGGGCUUUGUCGCCCUGCGCUUCUUGUUUGAGAGGUUUUUUGCCCCACCCAUGGGCAGAUGUCUGGGGGUGAAGAAUAGAUCGCAGGUGACUGCUGCCCCCUCCCCGAAGCUGGAGUCGUUUUACACCCAGAGGAGCCGGCAGCCAACGCAGAGUGAGAUUGUUGGCUUGACGCUGCUGUGCGGUAAAACCCAGAGGCAGAUCGAGACCUGGUUCAGACUGCGCAGGAACCAAGACAGGCCCUCUCAGACCAAGAAGUUUGGUGAAGCCGCUUGGAGGUUCUUUUUCUACCUCACAGCCUUUAUGGCUGGAUUGUCCUGCUUGAUUGAUAGACCCUGGUUCUGGGACCACAGGGAAUGCUGGAGGCAGUAUCCCGUUCAGCCCAUGGAGAGAGCUCACUAUUGGUACUACAUGCUGGAGUUGGGAUUUUACGGCUCUCUGCUCCUGCGGAUUUCUGUGGACGUGAAGAGGAAGGAUUUUAAAGAACAAGUGAUCCACCAUUUGGCCACCAUCUUCCUGCUCAGUUUCUCCUACUGUGCUAACUACAUUCGCAUCGGCACCUUGGUCAUGCUGCUCCAUGACUCCUCCGACAUCCUUCUAGAGUCCGCCAAGAUGUUCAACUACGGCACCGGCUGGAGAAAAACAUGUGACACACUCUUUGUUGUGUUUGCCGUGGUCUUCCUUGUGACUCGGUUGGUGAUUUUCCCCAGCAAAAUCAUUCACACCACCCUGGUACUGUCCAUGGAGGUGUUUCAACCUUUUGCCGGCUACUACUUUUUUAAUGUCCUGCUCAUGGUGCUGCAGGGCCUUCACAUCUUCUGGGCAGGCUUAAUAUUACGUAUGGUCUAUAAGUUUCUUAAAGGCAAGCUGGAAAAAGAUGAACGCAGUGAUGAAGAGAGUGAAGUUGAAGAUCAAGAGGAGGAUAAAGAAGGAGAAGAAAAUAUGGAUCAAGGAGGAGAUUGUUACUGGGAGAAAAGUAAAGACAGUCUGAACUCCAAACUAUCUAUGCUGACCAACAGCUGUGUCCUCAAUAACCUGACCAACCACAGGUCCUCUGUAGCAGACAGAAUGCGUAAAGCUCAGUAAAGGUUUUUUUUGGUAAUGUUCAUAAUGUUCCAGUUUAGCUGUCUCAAAGAGGCAUCGUCUUAACCUUGAAUAUGUAUGGUUCAAUCUGAUGUUGUAGGCUCCUCCCACCGGUUCCUGUAUGCUCAUCCCGUUGUGUUUCACUUUUAGCUGAGAGUGGAAUUAAAGAAGUAAAGGUGUGGUUAUUCUAAUUGAAGAAAACGUUUAGCAGAGGAUGGUUUCGAUCCAUCGACCUCUGGGUUAUGGGCCCAGCACGCUUCCGCUGCGCCACUCUGCUACACAGGGCAAUAUGUGUACUACCGACGUCUUUAAAAGUCGACAUAUCAGCAGUUUUUAUCUGCACUUUUAAUGUGAAACUAUAGAAUGAUUGGGAAAACGUUCAGUUCUUGUCGAUUUUCACUGUAGUUUUCACAGUUGUUUUAUAUGUGGCAAGUCCACAAACCAUAUGUUUGCUAUAUACAAACUAAAGUUGCGUGUAUACUACUGUUCAACGUAGACAGAAGAUCGUUCUUUUAAUACUGUAAAACAGAGAAAUUGUUACAUACGUGCAGCUGACAGUAAAAUGUUGGAAAUAAAUUUCAUUUAAUCUUUCGUAAAAACUAA